AUGAAUUCGUAACUUGAUGAUGGUAGCAAAAAUUCUUUAUUAAUAGUAUUACAUAAAAAGAAAUUUGCAAAAAUUGCCAAAAAUUCUCCCAAAUCCAAUCAAGAUGAAUGUUUAGAGCCACCAUCAUUUUUUGAAAGUUUUUAUAUUGAUAACUCUGGUUCAUCGAGUAAACUGUAGACACCCAAUGUUUACGAUCAAAUCAAUCAGAUUCUAUUUGAAAAUGGCAAUCGAUGGGAUGAAGUUUAUGGGCCAAGAAAGGAGUAGCAAGCAUUUAGCUAAAAUAGAAAGAAAAAAAUUUAGGAAAUUUAAUCUGCCUCACAAAUUGCAUUACUCAUAAAUUGUCUUUUAACAUUAUGGAACAACAUAUUUAAAGCCUUAUUAUCACUCUUAUUGCCUCAUCUUAUUCUGUUUGAGGAAGAUGAGAGAAUUAAUCAUUUAUAUUACUUUUUAUUAUUUUAUAUUCUAAUCAUUACUCUAACUUAUAUCUUAUGUUAGUUUAUAUAAAUCAAGCAAAAAGAGAAAUUUUCAGCCAUUUACAAAUUCAAACUAAUUGAUGACUUUAUUAUAACAAACAUCUUGCUAAUAGGAUUACUUUUGAUUCUGAUUACUUCGAAUACAUAAGUAAUAGUAAUAAUUUUGUCCUUUUAUUUUUUUUAUGAAGGCUAUAAUCAGAUCGAAAAGUUUUUUAGGCUACUCAUAAUUACAAAAAGUAAAAUAGAUUAUAACUUAAUAUAGAAAAAUACUUUAACUAUCUGGCUAUCUCAAAGAUCAUCGUUUAUUAUCUAUAUUUAAUUCAUCUAUUUACUUGUUUUCUAUACUCAAAUGAUUUUCAACUUAGGUAUAGAGAUUCACUAUUUAUAAAUAUUAAUUUUUUCACUUUUUAAGCAAAUUAUUAUGUAAUUGAAUCAUAUUCUGAUUUAACUAUGAUAUUUAGUUAAAUUGUAGGAUUGAUCAUGUUAUUCAAUUCAAUUGAUGUCAUAAUUUAGAUUAGAUUAAAGAAAGUUGAAUUGUUGAAUAGGCCUAAAAUUGAUGUGCAUAUUCUGCAUUAUUACAUUUGGCAUCAUAAAGGAAAUUUACUUGAGAAACUUAAGAUGGUUACAUAGCUUAAUAAUAACAGUUAACUCACAAAACAAGUAAUUAUACCCUAUAUUUAAGAUGGGUCAAAAUGCUGUGAAAAUCAUUAAUCAACAAAUAAUGGAAGAUUAUUUGGAAAUUUCUCAUAUUUUUACAAAACAAUUUAUAAUCAACUUAUCAGAAAAGAUUAAAGUAUUGAGAAAAAGUAAGGAAAUAGAUUUUAAUAAAAAUCGUGGUUUGUAUUUGAUUCUAAAGGGAUAAGGGUUAAUCAGUUUCAAAAAGGAAGGAUUGAGGUAAUAUUAAUAGAUUAUGAUUGACAAAGUGUUUGGAUUGAUUGAUUGUUUUUAAAAGAACAUUUCAGAUAUAAAAAUAAGUACAUAAUACUAGUAUUAUUAGAACUAAACAAUAAUUUCUUGGUUUUGUUCAUAAAAGAAGAAGAUUUUAAAAUAUGUUUGAAUACAAAUUAAGAUAUAGUAAGUUACUUUAAAUAUAAAAGGAAACAUUCCAUAUGAUAAAAAAUAGAAUAUUGUUUGAAGGAGAUACAUCCUAUGUGAAUUAUAGAUGCCUGAUAUGCAGAGGAUUUCAUUUAAUGAGGAAAUGCCAAGUUUAAAAAGAUAUUUACAAAUUGAUAUUAAAAGAUUAUUUUCAAUAGAAUAAAAGAAGUCAAGUUUAAAGAAGAGUAAAGAGGGAACCCUAAGCCUUUAAAAUCUACUUAGUAAAGAUAUUAUUGAUAAUUUGAAGAAAAAAAUAAAGCAAUAGAUAAGCGUAACAGUUCGUUCAGAAAUUGAAAGUAACGAGAGCAGCAGUCACAAUGAGUAAUUACAGGUUUAUCAAGAUGAACCUACCGAAAGUUAGAAAUUCCUUGAUAGAAAUAUUAUUAUUGGACAAAGCAAAGGAACUAUAACUAUACCUACUAUUUCAAAAGAGUGCUAUGGAGAUUUUAUUUCAGAUAAGAUAUUAUUAGAAUAAAUGAAAUCAAGUCACAAGCAAGGAUCAAUUCAACCCUCAAUACAACCUGGUAGUUAAUAAUUUUGGGAUGGCUUUAAAACAGAUUAUAGGAGCUAAUAAUUAUAUCCUUCAACAUUCAAAUUCUAAGAUAUUGUAAGCAGUGAUGAUUUAGAUACAAUUCAGGAAUAUGUUUAUUUCCAUCCAGAAUUCAACAUUAGCUCUAUAAUCUCGAUAUUGGAAAAGUGA